AUGGCAGCGGGGUGUUGGGACGUGCUGCUGGGCCACGCCCACGCGGAAUCGUCUCGUGACCAAGCUGCGGCACUGGCCGCGCUCCGUGAGCUGGAUGCGACUGCGGCCCCAGAGGCACUCCCUCUGCUAGCCGCGGCCGCCGCUGAGCGCCCCCUCCGUGUAUUGGCCGUGCUAGGCCUCGUGUGCCUCGUGAACCCGGCACUUGCACAGGCUCUGCUCCGCGACGACGUGCUAGCCUAUGCGGUGCCUACGGACGAAUCGGGGGAGCGUACAGGAGCUUUUGCGCAUAUGCUCAGCGAAGGGGCCUCUCAUCCUGCGCUGCGCCAGCACUUGAAGAGCCAACCGCGCAUCCAGACAUGGCUUCGCGAGACAAGCCCACCUUCUGGGUCACUGGCGGCCGCAUGCACUGACCUCGCGCGUAUUAAGCUGGCCAUUCCGACGGACACCAAAGCGAUCCCGUCAACGCUGGACCUCUCAGACGACGAAUGCACUGACUUGUAUGAGCGACUCGCAGCGUUUGUGCGCGACCACACCUUCGCAGCCCCCACGGACUCUGCGCCGUGGGCGUGGGACGCAGUAGCAGCUGCUGAAUCGGAUGCCUUGGAGGGUCUCUACUACCUUUCGUCGCUGCCGGCGCUCCGAGAGGCGCAGAGUCUUGAUGCACCGCUCUUGCGCAAGCUCGGGGGCUUGCUGAGUGCGCGGACCUCUGCUACGGGCCAGCCGAGCGCACAUUCGUCUGAGGCGUUUGUGACGGUGUCAUUGCUGGCGAAUCUUGUGGCGUACCCCCCUGUGCUGAGUGAGCAGGAGAGGCAGGUGGAAGCUCUGCGCCGCUCAGCGACGAAGCGUGGUCCUGAUGACGCUCGCCUUGCGCCGUCGAGUGUUGUGCAGCGCGUGCGGCGGGUCGUAGACGCUGGGCUUGUUCCACCUCUCGUCACGCUGACCACACGGGCAUCCCCCCAGCUGUACCGCCCCCUUGCGGACUUGUUUCUGUCGCUUGUGACAGAGCAGGAUGCGGCUUUUCGCGGUCGACUUUUGCAGCUGGGUGUCAGCCGGGCCCUGCUGUGGCUCGCGCAGCAGUCGCUGGCGGCGCUUUCGUCGUCGAUGGACGCGACACAGCUGUUACCCUUCCAGGCGCUAGCGAAGCUCACCAUCUCGGUGGACCCUGCCCUCAUGUACGGCGUCGAUGGAGCGGCGGUGCGGGCUGUCGUGUACUUGGGCAUUCUCUUCCUUGCGCCGGUCUCGUCCCUGCUCCAGGUGUUUGAGGCUGCACUCGCAUUGACCAACCUGGCGAGCAUGUCGCCUGCCAUGGCGACGGCUGUGGCGCAUGCCUCGUGCCCGCACUCGGAGCAUAAGAACAUCGCCGACUCCAUUGUGCCCCUGUUCCUCCAGCACGACUCGCUCAUGCUGCGCCGGGCGCUGAUGGAGCUCCUGUGCAAUAUGGCACAGGACGACGGCGUAUUUGCGCAUUGGUCCGGCGAAACAGAGCGCGAUGGCCCCGCCACGACGGCUGUGCCAGCGCCGAGCGACACCGCGCCGCUACGGCUACAUACAGCCGAGGGACGCCUGCGCCUGCUGCUCUCGCUGUGCCAUGUGAGUGACGAUGUGCAUGAACUUGCGCUGGCGAAGGCGGCGAGUGGCCUGCUGGCCAUGCUUUCUUCGUCGCCCGUGGCGUGCGAGCUCCUGGUCCACCUGCCUACCGACGCAUGGGGCCCCAUCGCGGCGCUGCUUCCUCCGCCGGCGCUCGCGGCCACCGAUACCUGGGAGCUCGAGCUCCCGUAG